CAAGGCAGGAGAGGGUGGAGGGAUCCGCGGGAGCAGCAUCCUCCGGCCCUGGUCUGGGAUCCAGGGCAGCUCCUCCCGCCGCUGGGAAGGGCUCUGGACACCUCCAGCUCUUCUUGUCUGCUCUCCAGGGCGUAAGCCAGAAGCUCCAGGCGCUUUCUUGCUGGGCGGGUGACAGCCACGGAGCUGGUUCCCCGGGCGACCUCCUGCCCGUCUUUUCUCUGCCCCCCAGCAUGGAGGAAGGUGGUGAUUUUGACGACUACGGGGCAGACAACCAGUCUGAGUGUGAGUACACGGACUGGCAGUCCUCAGGUGCCCUCAUCCCUGCCAUCUACAUGCUGGUGUUCCUCCUGGGCACCACGGGCAACGGCCUGGUGCUCUGGACCGUCUUCCGAAGCAGCCGGGAGAAGAGGCGCUCGGCCGACAUCUUCAUCUCCAGCCUGGCGGUGGCCGACCUGACUUUCGUGGUGACCCUGCCGCUGUGGGCCACCUACGCGUACCGGAACUACGACUGGCCCUUCGGCACCUUCGCCUGCAAGCUCAGCAGCUAUCUCAUCUUCGUGAACAUGUACGCCAGCAUCUUCUGCCUCACCGGCCUCAGCUUCGACCGCUACCUGGCCAUCGUGAGGCCGGUGGCCAACGCGCGGCUGAGGCUGCGGGUGAGCGGGGCCGUGGCCACGGCGGUGCUGUGGGUGCUGGCCGCCCUGCUGGCCACGCCGGCCAUGGUGUUCCGCGCCACCGCGCCCACGGUGCCCCCCAGCCUGGACAACGUCAGCCGGGUGCAGUGCUACAUGGACUACUCCAUGGUGGCCACCUCCAGCUCCGAGUGGGCCUGGGAGCUGGGCCUGGGCGUCUCGUCCACCGCGCUGGGCUUCGUGGUGCCCUUCACGGUCAUGCUGACCUGCUACUUCUUCAUCGCGCAGACCAUCGCCGGCCACUUCCGAAAGGAGCGCGUCGAGGGCCUGCGCAAGCGGCGCCGGCUGCUCAGCAUCAUCGUGGUGCUGGUGGUGACCUUCGCGCUCUGCUGGAUGCCCUACCACCUGGUGAAGACGCUCUACAUGCUGGGCGGCCUGCUGCACUGGCCCUGCGGCUUCGACCGCUUCCUCAUGAACGUCUUCCCCUACUGCACCUGCGUCAGCUACGUGAACAGCUGCCUGAACCCCUUCCUCUACGCCUUCUUCGACCCCCGCUUCCGCAAGGCCUGCGCCUCGGUGCUCUGCUGGGGCCACCGCGGCUGUGGGGGCGCCUCGCACAGCAGCAGCGGGGAGAGGUCGGCCAGCUACUCCUCGGGCCACAGCCAGGGGCUCGGCCCCAGCGCGGGGAAGGGCGCCGAGCCGACCCAGGAGAAAUCCAUCCCCUACAGCCAAGAGACCCUCGUGGACUAGGCUGGCACCGCGGAGCAGCCGGUGCCCUGUGCCCCGCCCAGCCCCGGCCCUGCUCUCCCACGGGCAGGUGGCGGAGGGCAGCUCCACUCCUUCAGCCCUUUGGUUUCGGUCAGGGCCGCGGUGGGACGGAAGGAGAGCGAGCCCUGCGGGCUCGUGCUCGGCCACUCGACAUCUGCGAGACUGACUUUGCACAAGUCCCUUAACUUCUUGGAGCCUCAGUUUCCCCAUUUGUGUAAAAUGAGGGAAGUCGUACCGGCCCUGAAAUGAUGGGUGUGUCUGGCUCAGUAAGAGCUGGUGUCCCCCAUCCUUUGUCCUGGGACCUCCAGCUCUUUUUUCUCCCUCCCUUCCGUUUAGUUUUCUCUAACCCCCUCCUCCCCUUUCCCCCUCUGUCUCUGCACCCCCCCCAUUCCUCACCACUGGCUCCCGCCCCUCUCCCCUCGCUCAUCCCUCCCCUCAAUCCCUUCUUCCUCAUUUUACCUCCUCGCGAGGGGCUCCUAAGGGUUAAGAGUCUCAGAGCUUGUAAACGCGGCCCAUUCACGCUCUUUAUCCUGUUCCCCAAGAAGCCAAGA